AUGGAUCGCCAAGUGAUAGGAAGGAGCCGGGGAAGACCCACUAGACAACACCCGGAAGCAGGUGGUGAUAGGGAACCCGAGGUCGAUCAAGACCAAGGGCAGGAAGGUGUGGCCGGAGACCGGGUGGCCACCGCAAUUGACCGUAUUACUGAAGUUCUCGAGCGAUUGACUGAUCGCCAAACCACUGAACCAGUGCAUCAACCAGGAGGCCCAGUUGACUCCGAUGAUCGGGCACUGGAAAGGUUUCUGAAAUUUGGACCUCCCAAAUUCUAUGGAGGACCCGAGCCGGAAGUGGCCGAAGGCUGGUGGGAGAGAAUCACUGAGAUUUUCGCCGCCUUGAACUAUACCGAGGAGCGAAAAGUGACUUUUGCUACCUUCCAGUUUGAGGGAGCUGCUCGCUCCUGGUGGAAUCUAGAGAAGAGAGAGGAUGAUUUUAUUAGAUGCAAACAAGGGGCGAUGAGUGUCGCCGAGUAUGAAGUCCAGUUCACAAAGCUGUCACGCUUUGCACCUGAGUUGAUAGCCACCGAGCAAAGGCGUGUUCGGAGGUUUGUGCAGGGUUUGAAUGUGGAACUACAGGAAAGUUUAGCUGUUGUAAGGAUAGAUACCUUCGCUGAGGCUGUUGAAAGAGCGCAGCGAGUUGAAGUAGCCAGAGCUCAAGUGAAGUCUUUUCAGUCCAAGAAAAGAUUUGCUCCUAGCAGUAGUCGGGAGCCGACUUUUGGAAAUGCUCCACCGGCCAAAGUGGGCCGAGGAACUAGUGGAGUGAAUAGUUCUGGAGCACCCCGAGGCGCCCAAGCAAGAGGACAUGGGGCCAGGAAUGCAGGAGGACGAAAUAUUGGAGCUAGAGGGGGACCAAUUGGAAGAGGACAACCUAGGAAUCGGCCGCAAGGGGGUAGAGCAAUAGUUCCUCAAGUGACAUGUGCUUAUUGCAAGAAACCUGGUCAUUCUAUGGAUAGUUGCUGGAAGAAGCAAGGAAGGUGCUUGAGAUGUGGAAGUAGUGAGCACCAAAUCUCAGGAUGUCCAAAGGUGCAGGAAGGAACUCCUCAGAAAGCUAGACCAAACACUUCUGGAGGGAGCCGGCCAACAGUUCCUGCCAGAGUGUAUGCUAUAGAUGAUCAACCCGUACCUGAUUCCUCGGAAGUUGUGGAAGGUACACUUCCAAUUUUUCAUAGAUUAGCUAAAGUGUUAAUUGACCCUGGUGCAACGCAUUCAUUUGUAAAUCCAUCUUUUAUGUCUGGAAUAGAUAUGCAACCCGUUAGAUUACCCUUUGAUCUUGAAAUUAUGACACCCAUGGGUAAUAGAAAGGUAAUCACUAGCUUGGCCUAUAAGAAUUGUGAAUUCUAUAUCGGAGAACAGAAAAUGCUAGUGGAUCUGAUCAGUCUGGAUAUAAAAGGUUACGAUGUUAUCAUAGGAAUGGAUUUCCUAGGUCACCAUCAUGCUAAGCUUGACUGCCGAGAAAAAAUAGUGGAAUUUUGUAUACCUGGAGAAGCAACCCUGAGGUUAGAUGUCAAAGGUAGGUUAGCAUCUUCUGCUAUGGUCUCGGGAAUACGGGCAAGGAAAAUGUUAUCUAAAGGAGCUCAAGGUUUCAUAGCCUUCUUGAUUAAUACUCCCAGUGAUCAAGUAAAAUUAGAGGAUGUACCCGUAGUACGGGAUUUUCCGGACGUCUUUCCUGAAGAAUUAAUGACUUUACCACCAGAGAGAGAGUGUAUCGAUUACCGAGGGUUAAAUGAGGUUACUAUUAAGAAUAAAUACCCUCUACCGUUGAUUGAUAGUUUGUUCGACCAACUGCAAGGAUCAGUGGUCUUCUCUAAGUUGGAUUUAAGGCAAGGGUAUUACCAGCUGAAGAUUAAGAAGGAAGACAUACCCAAGACUGCUUUUAGUACAAGAUAUGGACAUUUUGAGUUCGCAGUCAUGCCUUUUGGUUUAACUAAUGCACCAGCUGCAUUUAUGGAUUUGAUGCAGAGAAUUUUUAAGAAAUACCUGGACCAAUUUGUAGUAGUUUUCAUAGAUGAUAUUUUGAUAUACUCCAAGACUCAGGAGGAACACGUUAAACACUUGGAGAUAGUAUUGCAGAUACUAAGAGAGCAUAAGUUGUAUGCAAAAUUCAGCAAGUGCGAGUUUUGGUUAGAAGAGAUUUCCUUUUUAGGGCAUAAGGUUUCCAAAGAUGGAAUUGCCGUGGAUCCGGCAAAAGUUGAAGCUGUUAUGAAUUGGAAGCGGCCAGAAACUCCAACUGAAAUCAGAAGUUUCUUGGGUUUAGCAGGUUAUUAUAGGCGAUUUAUCCAGGAUUUUUCGAAGAUUGCAGGACCUAUGACCGAGUUAACCAAGAAAGGAAAUAAGUUUACCUGGACUCCAAAAUGCGAGUCAAGUUUUCAGGAGUUAAAGAGGCGUUUAACAUCCGCUCCUGUUUUGGUGUUACCUGACGGAGACGAAGGAAAAGCAAAUGUGGUAGCUGACGCUUUAAGUAGAAAGGCCCAAGGGCAAUCGGAAAGGACAAUCCAAACUUUGGAGGACCUGCUAAGAUCGUGUAUAUUGGAUUUUGGAGGUAAAUGGAGUAAAUAUAUGACCUUGGUAGAAUUUGCAUAUAAUAAUAGCUAUCAGGCCUCGAUUCAAAUGGCACCUUAUGAAGCUUUGUACGGGAGAAGGUGUCGAUCUCCGAUUCAUUGGGAUGAAGUUGGAGAAAAGAAGAUUUUAGAUCCUACAGCCAUACCUUGGAUAGAAGAAGCCCAGGAGAAGCUGAAAUUGCCUGCAAGCAUGGCUAGGAUUCACGAUGUAUUUCAUGUAUCCAUGCUUAGGAAAUAUUACCCUGACCCAAGCCAUGUGCUGCAACUAGAAGGAAUUGAGGUGGAUGAGACGUUAAGCUAUGAAGAAGGACCAGUCAAGAUUUUGGAAAGAGAAGUGAAGGAGCUAAGGAACAAGAAAAUUCCUCUGUAUUACUUUCACUCGCUUUUAGAUACUAGUGCAUAA